UCUAGAUUGAGAGUCUUUGGUUGUCUCUGUUUUGUCCUUCUCCCAAAACGAGAGUGUACCAAAUUGAUUUCUAAAACUGUCCGAUGUGUUUUUCUGGGAUAUAGUAGUGUUCACAAAGGUUAUCUAUGUUAUGAUCCUUCUGGUCAACGUAUGAGGAUAGCUGCGUCGGUAGUCUUUUUUGAACAUUCUUGGUUUUAUCCUCCUAAGUCAGGUGUUGAACUCGAGUUUCCUGGUGGGUUGAAUUCCUUACCAAUUUUUUAUGAUGAAGUGAAUGAUGAUCCCUUUGUAUCCGAUGAUCCAGCAUAAACUCCUUCCUCUCCGGAUCUGUUCUCUCCCACGCCCAGCACUCCAAGCUCGCAAGCCACUCCAAGCACGUCAUCUGCUUCUAUUCCCACGCCUAGCACUCCAAGCUCGCAAGCCACUCAAAGCUCGCCAUCUGCUUCUAGCAAUCUUCCUGAUUCUUACUUGGGGUCCAGCUCAUCCACUAUUUCUCCCAUGGAUCCUCCACCGCCACCUACACAGCAGCUUCCUAGAGUUUCUACUCGCUCCAACAAAGGAGUUCCUCCUCCCAGCCAUCAAGAUUAUGUCGCACAUGGGGUUGAUACCCUUAUUGUGCCCACAACAUUUAAACAAGCCCGGGGCAAUCCUAUAUGGGAUCGUGCUAUGCAGGAAGAGUUUGGGGCUUUAGAAGCAAACCGUACAUGGUCAGUGGUGGAUAGGCCAGAUCCUUGUCCUCCUACCAUCGGAUGUCGGUGGGUUUAUGCGAUCAAGGUUCUUCCUGAUGGAACUAUUGAACGCAACAAAGCUCGUCUGGUUGCUCUUGGUUAUACACAGGAACACGGAGUCGAUUACAAUGAAACCUUUGCUCCUGUUGCAAAGAUGUCAACUGUCCGCACCUUACUUGCUGUUGCAGCUCUCCACAACUGGCCCCUUUAUCAGCUCGAUGUCAAGAACGCCUUUCUCCAUGGGGAUUUGGAGGCAGUAAUCUACAUGGAAAGACCUCCCGGAUACACAGUUGGAAGGGAAGAUCAAAUUUGCUUAUUGCAUCGGUCGCUAUAUGGACUCAAACAGGCUCCCCGAGCCUGGUUUGAGAAAUUCCAGGCCACAAUCGUUCAGCUGGGGUUUCACCAGAGUCUAAAUGAUCCAUCCCUCUUUACUAAGGUAACUCCUGCAGGCAUUGUUGUUCUCCUCUUAUAUGUCGAUGACAUGGUUAUUACAGGAUCAGAUCCGCAGGGAAUCUCAAUGCUUAAGGACGGGUUGAAACAGGCUUUCCGUAUCAAGGAUCUUGGGAAUUUGUCUUAUUUUCUUGGCUUGGAAGUAAGCCGCAACGAUCAAGGUAUACUUCUCAGUCAGCGGAAAUACAUAUCAGAUUUACUUGGUGAACAAAAUUUUGAUAACUGCAAGCCAGUUAGAACACCUAUGGAGAUUAAUUUGAAGUUGCAGAAAGAUUCUGGUGAACGUCUAAAAGAUGGAUCUCAGUAUCGGAGUAUUGUGGGUAGCCUAAUCUAUCUUUCUGCUACCAGACCAGAUAUUUCUUAUGCUGUUCAGAUGGUUAGUCAAUUUAUGUCAGAGCCCUGCGUUGAUCACCUUGCUGCAUUUCACAGGAUAUUGCGUUAUUUACAAGGCACGCAGGAAGUUGGUAUUCUAUUUCCUUCAACAGGUUCGCCCACAAUUACUGCUUACUCUGACUCAGACUUUGCCGGUUGCAUUGACACUCGUAGAUCGACAUCUGGGUGGUGUGUUCAGUUUGGCAGUGCUUAUAUAUCUUGGCGGUGCAAAAAACAAGAUAAGGUAUCAAAAUCCUCUACUGAAGCUGAAUACCGCGCGAUGUCAGAAGUUGGGUCGGAGAUGGUGUGGCUCCGCCGGUUGCUAUCCGAUUUUGGAAUUGCUUGUUCACCACCUAUGGCGUUGCAUGUGGACAACACCAGUGUUAUACGCAUAGCAGAAAAUCCAGUGCUCCACGAUCGAACGAAACACAUAGAGAUCCAUGUUCAUUACAUCAGGGACCUUGUAUGGGAUGGUACUCUCAGUCUGCAUCACAUCCAGACAGAAGAACAAGUGGCUGAUAUGUUCACGAAGGCUUUCUCCACAAGCCGACAUUGGUACCUUGGGAACAAAUUGAUGAUGAGAGAUCGGCAUCAAUUUGGGGGAGGAUGUUAGUGAGUUAAGUGUCUUUAGGCUACGUUUAUUGUGUUGUUUAAGGUGUGGGGCCCAUUAUUCUAAAGCCCACACGUAAACCUCCUGCCAGCCCAUGUCCAUGCAUGGUUAAUCGUCUCCUGUAGGAUCUAACCUAGGGCAUGAGUUUGAUAUAGAGGUGUGCUGUGGCCGCCGAGUUUGUACAAGUUCCACAGAACAAACAUAUCAGUAAAACUAGUAGCCUGAA